AUGGACGAUCAAGUCGAUGACUCUUCGGUGCUUCCGACUUCAAAACAGACGUUAUCAGGCAUCCGAGAGUUGUCGAUCCGAUGUCGAGAUCUCUUGAACCAGAUGUCUACUCUUGACUCCAUCACUGAUGCUGCCGAUGCAAGAGACAUCAUGACCAGCUUCAACAUUUGGGCAGCCAACUUGGGUAUCUUUGACGAGGGCCGACUCUCAGUAGCCUACCGUUUGAAGGAUGCACCUCAAGUCAGCCACCUAACCGAAAAGCUUCUCAUAGAACUGGAGAGAUACCUCGAGGAUGUAAUAACUAUGAUAAAGACGGGAACUUACUACGAUGGAACUUCAUCGGCCAGCGAGUCUGAGAACUCUUCGACUUGUUCGUCUACACCAUCCUACAGGCUCGUUGAGUCAUCAGAUGACGAUGAGCCUUUGCCCGGGCAAUCUAAGGGAUCAAACAUCUGGGCUUCCAUCGAAGAUACCAUGACUGGCCUUCGCCAGCUGGGGCUGUCUAUCCGCUUAGCUGGAACCCAACAUCGUCAGGAGCGCGUGAGUCGAUUUAAGAAACUAAACGGACCAAUGUACGAUAUGUUUGAACGUCUAGCACGUGAAAAGAUCGACCAUAAUUUUAACAAAGCGAGCGAAACUCUACGAAAGCGAAUGGCAGAAUCGAUUGCUACACGCCGAGUCCGGUUUAUGUACUUGGAGAAGCACCAGAACAAACUCUCAACUUUGAGCAGCCCUGAGCCACCAUUACAAGACAGCAAAAGGAUUGCCGAACACACGAUAUAUUCAGCGCAGCCGCAACUUGGUAGCCAAAACGCCGAGGGCCUGCCCACUUUUGAGCCACGGGCUCUGUUUAGCCAAAUUCUCUCAGAAACAGUGCCUACCGAAUACAACACGAAAGAGAUUCGUCCGAUUCAGAAAGCUCCUGAACGUGGAGGCUCCGUCGCUUCUGUAGUGCUCAACAGCGCCCUUCCACCGAUACCCAAGCUUGAUCCCGGAGGUGCUUCGUUUGCUUGCCCGUUCUGCUUUUUGGUAUGUCCAGCGAAUGAAGCUAGAGGGUACGAGCGAUGGAAAAACCACUUGAUCCACGACUUCGAGCCUUUCUUCUGCGUCUACGAUGAAUGUUCCUCCCCGUUUUCAUGCUCAGAUACGUUUACUGGAUUGCUUGCUCAUAUGCGCGACGCUCAUACCCAACCUAAAUGGCGUUGCUGGCAUUGUAAUACGACAUCUUCUCCCAAAAUGUUCUCAAGCGCAGAUGAGCUGAAUGACCACCUGGAAAAUUGUCACUCAACAGAGGUCAAAGAUUCACUUCGUUCGACCGUUCUCGAGCACAGCAUAGUUAGCACUCAGCACGCCUUGCGAGACUGUCCUUUCUGCGGUGGUUUCCCAAUAGAAAUUGAGGAAAGACCUUCUCAUCAGGAUCGUGAAGAAGCGCUCGAGAAGCUAGAGAAGCAUGUUCGUGAACACCUCGCCAACGUGGCGCUGAUUUUGGCCCCUAGGGAAACAGGGGAGCCUGUUGAUACAAUGAGCGAUUCCAUAUCAGACGCUAAAGCAGGCAAGAAUAGCGAACGCGAUGUCGAAGGAAUCGACGAAGAUAAUGAGUUGCAGUGCCUGAAUGUCUCUUGUGACUGCCACGAGACCGAGAAAGACUCUGCCAAUAGAUGGCCUGCAUACUGCGAGAUUGAGGACGAGUCCGAGAUAGAAAGAAUCACCGAGUUAUGGAACGUGAUCUCAGAAGAAAAAAGGAAAGAGUUCCCAGACGAUCAUGAAAGUCAACUAGCCUGCGCAGUUAAAUAUGGGUUCAUCCACCAACCUGACAAUCCUUCACGCCCUUCCAGCCCUGGGAUGUCUUCAACACAGAAAAGCCAAGAGGAUGAUAUGGGCCGUCCUGCAUCACAAGAGAUCAAGGUUUGGACACAGGCUGAUUAUACGGUCGGAUGGAUAUGCGCACUACGACAAGAGCUAACUGCAGCGUCGGCCAUGCUUGACGAGCAACACCCAAACCUUUCCAAAACAGCGGAUGACCAGAAUACUUAUACCCUUGGGUCUAUCAGUGGUCACAACAUUGUUGUCACCUGCCUUCCUAAGGGUAUGAUUGGGCGUAUUUCAGCAGACACAGCUGCUAAGUACAUGAUGGUCACUUUCCCAUUGAUCAAAUGCAUGCUCAUGGUUGGUGUUGGGGCCGGUGUUCCAUCUAACGAGGUUCGACUUGGUGAUGUCGUGGUCGGUACACCUAAUCAUGGCAACCCAGGUGUUAUCGAGUGGGAUUUUGGCAAGGCUCUUGGGGAAUUUGAGCAAACGGCGGCGCUGAGAGAUCCUCCUAAGUCACUGCUCAGAGCCUUGGCUGCGCUGAAAGUCCAAGAUACAUUGGAAGGGACCAAGAUUCCAGAGUGUUUGGAAAGGCUGAAGGAGCUGCAGCCACGACUAGCCUCCAGCUAUUUGCAAUCGGCUUCACUCGAAGAUCUGUUAUUUGAGACAGAUUGCAAGCACGUUACAGACCCCGAGGGAGAGGGUUGUAAGCUAUGUGACAAGUCUAUGAUUGUGAAGAGAGAACCAAGGGAAAUUCUAAUCCACCAUGGGUUAAUUACAUCUGGGAACAGAGUUAUCAAGGACGCCCAAUUACGCGACAAACUCAACCAUAAACUGGGAGGUCAUGUUCUCUGCUUUGAAAUGGAUGCCUCAGAGCUUGGGCAUGACUUACCUUGCCUUGUUAUUCGAGGUAUCAGCGACUAUGCGGAUUCUCACAGGAAUGAGGACUGGAGGGGGCACGCGGCAUUCGUGGCUGCAGCCUAUGCAAAGGAGCUUUUAAAGCAUCUUCAACCCCGCGAUAUAGAGAGCGAGAAACCGGUAAAGGAUCUGUUGAGUGAUGGUCAUUGCGUUACGUCUCCAGUACGCGAAGACGUCCUUGACUGGCUCACGACAACCGAUUAUAGGCCACAGCAAAGCGAGUACCGAAGUCUUGUACCGUCUGGAACUGGAUAUUGGCUCCUUGACUCAAAGGAAUGCCUUACCUGGUUAGCUACCCACGGGCAGUUUCUAUUUUGUCAAGGUAUCCAGCGAAUUGGCACGUUCCAAACCUCAGUUGUCAUUGAUCAUCUCACCACUCGCUUUUAUGGAGACUUAGAUACUGGCUUAGCAUACAUUUACUGCAACUUCGAACGACGCGACCAGCAAACACCAGACCAGCUAUUUGCGUGCAUUCUCAAGCAGCUUGCCGGAUGCUUGCCCUCCUUACCAGCUGCUAUAGAGUCUCUUUAUGAGGCGCAUCGGAUUGAAAGAACUCGCCCAUCAUUGCAGCAGGUCUUAGACACUAUUCAAGCAGUGAUUGUAGAGUUUUCAAGAGUCUUCAUCGUGAUCGACGCUCUUGACGAGUGCGGAGUAGUUGAAAGCUCCUGGGAAACAAUCUUCCUCGAACUUGCCCGUCUUCAACAGCAGCACGGCAUAAACGUUUUAGUGACUUCACUGGUCGACCCCAACAUUACGUUGGAGAUGGAACCCAACUUCAGCAAUCUGGUAUUUCUGGACCUUCCGGCAUCAGAACACGAUGUAGCCGAAUAUGUCGAUGACUAUUUGAGCCACCUAUCAGGGCCCUUCCAGGAGAACAGUGCUCUUCGAGACUUUGUCAAAACUGUAAUCUUGAAAUCUGCAGAUGGAAUGUUUCCUCUCGCCCGUUUCCACUUGGACCCUCUAAGGCACCAGACCACGGAGAGAGACAUUAUUCUUGAGAUCAUCAGCUUGGUAGAGGCAGAAUCUGAAGGGGACACAGCAUUGGUCGGCUUCUACCAACAAACAAUGGACAAGAUCAAACAGCAGCUGCCAUAUCGUGCCGCCCUUGCUAAACAGAUACUUGUGUGGCUCACACACGCAAGAAGAGAGCUCACCGUGACCGAGCUUCAGUAUGCUCUCUUCGCCAAGUCACUACAACGAGCAGUCGGCAGCUCAGACCUGCUCGAUGAAGAUGAAUUGCUGGCCAUGUGCGCUGGACUAGUAACUGUUGACCGGAGCAGAAACAUCGUAAAACUGGUUCACCCUACUCUCCGAGAAUAUCUCAAAUCAAGAUCCAGCGAUUUACUACCAAGCACAGAACAGUACAUCGCCAGGAGUUGCCUGGACUACCUCUCGUUGAAUAGAUUUCCGAGAGACAAUUUCACCCAACUGCAAGAGCUGGAAGAAUGGCUUGCAUCCCAUCCAUUCUAUGAUUAUGCUGCGAGACACUGGGGCCAUCACGCCCGCGAAUCCUCACUUCCAACACAAGAAUUGAUGAUCUUUUCCGACGACAGAUCAGCGGUCGAAAAUUCGAUUACUGUAUUGAUGGUAGGGGGAUCAUCCAGAGCCCGCACCUAUUUCGCAGAUCCUCCAAAGCCAGAGUCUGUGACGCUUCUACAUUUAGCGACAUAUUUCCAAUUUGCAGACCUUGUAGCGGAACUAUUGAGGGCAGGAUUUCAUCCAGAUUCUGGAGAUAGCCAAGGCAGAACCCCACUCUCUUAUGCGGCUGAACUUGGUUAUGAAGCAAUUGUUUCCCUGUUUCUUGAAGCCGGGGCCGAAGCAGAUUCCAAAGGUUCGGAGGAGCAUGAAAACAAGGAGGAGGAGUCUUUAUGGCCGCCUUCAAACAAUGGUGGCCACGCAGGGAGAACUCCGUUAUCUUUCGCAGCAGAGUAUGGACAUGUGGAAGCGAGCAAGAUGUUGAUUGGUCAUGGAGCUGGUGUUGGGUCACAAUGCAGCAAGCAUGACUAUCAAGGAUGGACACCUCUUUUAUUUGCUGUGUAUCAUGGCCAUAAGGAUGUCGUUGGUUUGCUGUUAAGAUGCAACGCAGAUCCUGAGCAGCAUUCGAUGAACGACGAAGAUUUUGGGAAAACCCCGCUGUCGCAUGCAGCAGAGAUGGGCCAUACGGACAUUGUCCGAAUGCUACUGGAACAGGGAGCCAACACAGAGCCUACAUUUAUUAGCACUGACCCUGAUUUUGUUGGACAUACGCCGCUUUGGCUUGCAGCGUUUGGUGGACAUGAAACAGUGGUAGAAUUACUGCUAGAGAUUGGUGAGGUUCAGCUGGACCUACAAGACAAGUUCGGGGGGACUAUUCUGUCGUAUAUGGCAGAACAAGGUCACGAAGCAAUGGUAGGAUUUAUUUCUAAUUAUUGGACGGCUAAUCAUCAGGACAAUGACGGAAGGACACCUCUAUCAUAUGCCGCUGAAGAAGGCCAUUAUGCAGUGGUCCAAAUACUACUGGACGUAGGGGCUGACCAAUACUUGGAGGAUGAGGAAGGGGAGACGCCUCGAUCACGGGCUAUUAGGAACGGACAUCUGGAUGUCGCUGCCGUGUUAGAGGGCGUAUUUUAUUGA